AUGACUCGAUCAAAGGGCAACUUGCAUGUUGUAGAAGAAAUAUACAAUCAAAUACCUGCAUUUACUGAUGUGUUUUCUGAAGACACAUUUUACAUAUUUGUGGUGUUCUUUGUUCUGUCUACUAUCAUGGUUGCUUUUAUUCUAUCAAGAUUCAUUACAAUAAAACCUGUAGAAUAGUGUAAAUUAAUAUUAUAGUGUAUUUGAUGUUCAAUAUAAAAAUGCUUGAAAAUUA